AUGUUCGAAUCUCUCAUUCUUACCGGCCUUCGGCCGUUCCUCGAAGAAUCCGGUCCGAUUCUGACUGAGGACGUUAAAGCGUUCUUCAGAAGCGCCUGUAUUAGGGGCAAUUACAUUGUCUCUACGGUGAGGGACCACACUUUCUGGCUCGAUGAAGCCGAAUUCGCCACUCUAUUCAACCUGCCCACAGAAGGGUUCUCUGACUUUCCACCUCUGGAGGGGCUUGACGAAUUCUAUUACUCACUCCUCUUUUCUGGAACCAUGGAACCGGUGGAAGACCAUGGGCCCAAAAACCUCUUGGGGAGACAUGCUCAACUUCUUCUUGAGAUCGUCACUCGGUUCAUUCUUUGUCAGUCCCCUAAUCAGCGGUACUCAAAGAAUACCUACAAUAUGAUGACCAACAUCUUUAGCAACAAGGCCAUAAAUUGGUCCACGGUCAUCUUCCAACGUCUGAAAUCCAUGGUAAUAACCAAGAAAGGUCUUGGUUUUGCACCUCACAUCAGCAAACUAAUCCUAUCAUACCGGCCAGAGUUCGGACCGGGCACACCGGCCGCCCCUUCAAACAUCCUUAACAAGGAUUCGGUGGAGGAAAGGAUUUCCAGAAUGAAGCAGCCGGCCCCCGGUUCCCGAAAGAAGAAAGCUGACAAGAAAACGGUCCCGGCAAAAGAAAAGGCCGAAAGCAAAGGAAAAGAGAAAGUCACUUUCUCGGAACCGCCGCAGCAAACUGAGGAUGAAGAGUCGGCUUCCAAUUCUGAAAGAACCGAUACAGAAAGGACCGAUGAUGAAAGAUCGGCCAAUGAAGAAGAGCAUUCGGGCCAGAGCCCCAAUAAUGCCGGACCCGACGCCAACCCUGAGACCACCGAGGGUAGUGAAGAGGGUGGUGAAGAUGCCGGUGAUGAAGGCGGCGACAAAGAUAAUGAGGAGACCGAAGAAGCAGAGGCCGAUAGGAUAUCUCUGAAACUCCUUCAGGGCGCCAAAAGGCGAGCCGAGUCAAUUGAGGAGUUAUACCUGAAAUGGCACGAGCACCGGUUCGGCAAGCCGUAUAGCCAAAUCCUACCGGGCUACACAGACGUGGAAUGCCUCCAAAGACUGAAGGAAGUGGAGGACUUAAUCAUGGAUCUCACAAACUCCAAUACAAUUGAAGAGGUAUUACACCGAACCUACCUCUUAAAACCACAGGUACAACUACGGAAGCUAACCACACGCAUCCGGAAGAUUACGGAGGAGUUCGAAGAGGUGGGACCUGAAGACACCUUAACACCGCGAGUGUUAGAAAGGCUUGAAAAAGCCAAAGGAGACCUCAUUCAAGAAAUUGACCGGCUGGAGGCAAUAUACAGUCAAAGGGAAAUUCCGGUCUAUACAGCUCCCCGGAUUGAAACGAGUCCGGAUCACUGUCCAACACCUCCAAGGGAGAAUGCGGCAUCAAAAGAAUCCGAUGAAAGGGCGGAUCCUCUUCUCACCGGGCAAUCUCCUCCUACACAACCGGAAGUCUCCGAAUCAGACUUCACAAAGGAAUGGGUUGAGGGCCGUCUUCAAAGGUUUGAAGCUUCAACAACAGAACGGAUUGAUAGCCGUAUUCAAGAGUUUGAAGACUCCGCGGUUCAGCCAUUCAAGGACAGAUUCCAAAGAAUCGUUUGCUCGGCACUCAAGUUCGCCGACACCACAAGGUAUCUCUUGAACAAUACUCGAGACCGGCUCUCAGAAAUCGACGAAGAUCAACAGGAAGAGGCGGCUCUGCGCAGUAAAUAUUUUAAGCGAACCGUAAUUUUGGAGGAUACGACCUCCGAGUUAAAGGAAGACUUUGGGCGGCUUGAAAGAGAGACCGAUCAACGAUUGGCGGAGGUUGCUCAAGACCUGGUCGGCACAACACUCGGACGGGUAUCCGAACUUGAAAAGAAGAACGCCGGUCUCGAGGACGAGCUCAAGGCGCUUUCCGCUCAAGUUACCGAACUACUCCAAGCUAAGAUAAAUGCGGACGCCGCGGCUAUAGAAGCUAAUGCUCAAGCGGCUAAGAAGGUCCAGGAUGAGCUGGACGCCGAAGCAAGUAAAGAGAAGGAAGCACCGCGAUCAUCCCAACUCACCGAAGAAGAAGAGGAAGUCGAGCGGAUUCGAAAGGCAGAGGCCAAGUUUCCAGGACUUACAAAGAAAGCAGUCGCUCAGGCUGAGAAGGAUGCUGCACGGUUGGAAAGAGAAAGACGGAGGCUGGAAAGUUUCACAGAAGACAACAAGAAGAAAAAGGCGGCCUCCUCCGUUUCAGCGCCGAAAAAGCGAAAGAGGGAACCCUCGAAGAAAGUUCAAAUAGCCGACCUGCUCAAUGAGGUCACUGAAACUGUCAUUUCGAGUAUACCGCAGCAGGCUGCUCAAGUCGAAGAGGAGGUUGAAGAACAACUGCAGCCCCGGUCUACAAGACAACGAGUUUCCGAACCGGCCAGUCGACCGCAACCGGAGAAGAAAAGGCGGAACAUAUAUGACUUCUCGGACUCGGAAUAG